AUGCGCCUGAGUUUUCUUGCGCUUUUUUUUGUUAUCAAUACAGCACAUUCGUUGCCCUAUGACGUGCAUUGGCUUGGUGGGCCGACGGUAAUAGAGAGGGAUAUAUCACCCACAAAGCAAACCGUAGAUGUUUAUUGUUAUUCUGGAACAGCAAAAAAUCUUUUAGCACUGUGGCAAACUGUUAAGUUUAAUAUAAAAAUUAAGACAGAUGAAUUCAGUCAGUAUCUGGGUGAAAAUCCUGAACAAGUAUAUAAAGAUUAUACAGAGGAUAGCUAUGGCUGGGCUGUGGUCACACCAUUUCAAAAGAAAUCAUAUAGAAGUGUGUCCCUUAAUCUCUUUACACCAACAUGUAUGGCUAUCAAUACUAAGCAAAAACAUAGUAUUGAGUUACAAAUACAGAGAGUUGACCUCUGGCGUGUAUUGAUAAUGGCUGGUGGGAUCGCUCUCAUAUUUGCAUCCCGAUCUCUGAGUGGAAACCCUGUAUUUUUCUAUCUGUGUGGUAUUGUGGUUGGAAUAUCUGCAUCUUUCAUGGUGAUAGUUUAUUAUGUUAGCAGAUUGUUGCCAAGAAAAACUCUAACUUAUGGAAUAUUAAUUGGCGGUUGGACUGUCGGUGUGUACAUUUUUCAACAAAUCUGGGAGAACACUCGAACUCUAUUGCUCUCUUAUCAGAAUUACCUCUUUUGGUACACAUUCUUGGCUGGUUUUAUUAGCUUUGUGGUGUGCUACAGGAUCGGACCACCAAAGAAUGAACGGAGCAAGAAUCUUGUUAUGUGGACUUUACAGUUAGUGGGAGUGUUCGUGACAUUCUUCAGCAGUCAAUACCAGGAGGCGUCUGCUGCAGUGCUGAUAUCAGCCCUCGUCGUCAAAUACUUCCCACGGAGCUGGCUCUUUAGGAUACAAGGAUAUUGGCGGAGGAAAUUCCCCCCUAAACCCCGUCUUCUGACUAGCGAGGAGUACUACGAGCAAGGCGCGAGAGAGACGAAGCACUCCCUGGACGAACUGCGCAAGCACUGUGCGAGCCCCGACUGCGCUCAGUGGCGGGUCAUGCUCAAGCUGCACGACGCUAAGAGGUUUGCCAGUUUCGUGGAAGGUAACUCUCAUCUCAGUGAUGAUGAGAUUCUAGGCUACGAAUCGUACGCGUUCUCUAUGGACCGUCCGAAACCAUCGGCCAGCUCUACAGCGAACAGCCUCGAGAUAUCUGAUGACGACUCCUCUGAGGAUUAUGAUGAUGAGCUAUGA